AUGACUUUUAAAGAUGGUAAAACAUUAACAGAUCAUGAUUCUGUUUUUUGGCUUGGUGAUCUUAAUUAUAGAUUAGAUACUCCUUUAACACAAGAAGAAAUUUGUUAUAUGUGUGAUACUGGAAGAUUCAAAGAGCUUUUACAAUAUGACCAACUUACUAAAGCAAAAGAAAUUGGACAUGUUUUUUAUGGUUAUGAAGAACAUAAAGAUAUUGAUUUUCUUCCAACAUAUAAAUUUGAUGUCGGUACUUGUAGAUGGGAUUCCAGUGAGAAAAAACGUACACCUGCAUGGACUGAUAGAAUAUUAUAUUGGAAAAAAUUUGAUAACGUUAAUGUUAAGCAAUUAAAAUAUCAUUCUUGUCCAAAUGUGGUUAUUAGUGAUCAUAAACCAGUGAUAGCACUAUUUAAAAUGGAUAUUAAAAAAAUAUGGGAAGAUAAAAUGCGUGAAAUUAGAAUUGAGGCUCAAAAAGAAGUCGAUAAAAAAUCUAAUGAUUUAUUACCACAAAUUUCUCUCUCAGCAACUGAAUUUGAAUUUAAUAUUGUUAAAUUUUUACAACCAUCUAUUAUGAAUCUCAAGAUAAAAAAUACUGGGCAAACAAGAGUAAAAUUUUCUACAACUUUAACAGCAGAGCCCAAAAACGACUAUGGACCUUAUGAUUGGCUUACUUUAACACCAUACACAGGUACAAUUGAUGUUAAUCAUGAAUUUAGUGUUUGUCUUCAAGUUCUCAUUGAUAGACAAAUGGCAUGGAGACUUUCACCUGAUGAUAUAUCAAAAGUUGAAUGUAUAGUUAUAAUUCACUUAGAAAGUGGCAGAGACUACUUUAUUUCCGUACAAGCAAACUACAAACCAUCUUGUUUUGGAAUCUCAUUAGAGACAGCAAUGCUAAAAGCAAAUAUUUCUACUCCAUCAGAUAAUGAAGAUUCUUUAAUAAUUUUUGAAAAAGAAGUUAAACUUACUAUCCCUUAUGAAGUUCACCAAUUACUCAAAUACCUUCGUUCAAUUGGUUUUAAAAAUAUAGAUUUAUCUCAACCUUACAGUGAUAAUGCAUUUUUUAAAAUUAGAGAUUGUCUUGAUGAGAGAAGAAACAUUUUUGAAUUUAUGAAUAGUAACACAGAUAUUCAACCUAUUAACAUAUAUGCAGUUUUGAUAAGAUUACUAACAAGUUACAAAGAAAGUAUAAUACCAAAUCACUUAAAAACUACACUACUCCAAUGUUCCGAUGAUGAAGUUUACGGUAGAUGUAUAUUACAAUUUCCUGAACAUCAAAAAGAUAUUUUUAGAGAAAUACUUCUUUUCCUAAAAGAUGCCAGAGAAGUUAAUAAAGAAUUUGAUAAAGAGUUGGAAACUUUUUCCAACAUCUUUUUUAGAAUGGACGGUGAUACAUAUAAAGCUGAAAGGUUGCUUUUUAUAAUUUAUUCCAUAAAUAAAGUAAAACCUAAAAGACAGCGACAUCAUAGUAUCCUUGCAGUUUAA